AUGUCUCAAACGUUGCCUCUCGAAAAGAAGCAAUUACGUGCUUGCCUUUUGUGCUCAUUGGUCAAGAAUGCGUCACAAUUCCGAGCGAACGGUUGCGAGAAUUGCGAGGAACUAUUGCGAAUGCGAGGACGAACAGAUCGAGUGCAAGAAUGUACAAGCAAUAAGUUUGAAGGAGUCAUUGCUCUGAUGCAGCCUCAUGAGAGUUGGGUGGCAAGAUGGCAACGUGUUGACAAGUUCACAAGAGGUGUAUACGCCAUUCGAGUAUAUGGACGGAUACCAGAAGAUAUUGAAGAUGACUUAGAGCGACGAGGUGUUAUCUACAGACCCAGGGAUGGUAGCGUUAGGGAUUAG